AUGGGAACCGUUCACGUCAAACUGAUCGUGGUGGGUGCGCUCUUGAGUCAAUAUCUCAGACCCGCCGGUGGGUUGGAGCUCCCCGCCCAUCCUUUGUCAUGCGGGCCCUCGCAGUUUGCUUGUCACGAUGGGAUCAAGUGUGUGCCCGUGUCGCGCAUUUGCGAUUUCGCGCCCGACUGCUUCGAUGGGAGUGACGAGCCCGCGGAUUGUCCGCGGAACAUUCCUUGUCGUGCGGGACAAUUCUCCUGUGCUAUCAGCCAGAAAUGCAUCCCCGUGGAAUGGACUUGCGACAGCGAGGAUGAUUGCGGCACUGACUCAAGCGGCACACCGGAUUUGUCGGAUGAAGACCCGCUGCUAUGUCAGCGUAGCGUGCAAUGUAGACCCAACAUGUUCCCUUGUCGGGAUAAUGUGACAUGCUUGGAUCUGCCCUUGUUUUGUAACGGGGCUUUGGAUUGUCCUGAUAAGUCGGAUGAGGGCCCACAGUGCAAACUUAAACAAUCUUGCCGGAAGUCGGACUGCUCUCAUGGUUGUGCCAUUACUUGGAAAGGACCCCGCUGCUAUUGUCCCCCCGGGUCUCGAACCAAUCCCAAAUUGCCACAUAAAUGUCUGGAUGUGGAUGAGUGCCAGAUCAAAGGCCAGUGCGACCAGUUGUGUCAGAACCGGCCCAACUCCUUCCAAUGUGAUUGCGUGAAAGGAUACAAUCUGGACAAAGGUCACUUUUGUCGAGCCAUCAAUUGGCCGCCUUCUGCUCCGCCCAUUCUGUUCAUCGCCAACACCGCCAAUAUUGAAUCUGUCUUCCUCAAUGGAUCGGCUAUAGCCAAAACUAAUCCCGGAACCUUGGAAGAGACUCUGACUCUGGAUGUGAUCCAUCGAAAUCAAUCCGUUUGUUGGAUGAGUCAUUCCCCUUCCAAUGCCAGUGGGGCUAGUGCGGCCGAAUCUCGUCAAUCGAGCCUCAAAUGUGCCCAUAUGAACCAUAUAGACGAAGAUUCUUGGGCUCUACCUGAUCUUGGUGCUUUCGGCAUGGAGUCCAUCUCACAAUUUGUCAUUGACUGGACCAGUAACAAUUGGUAUUUCUUGGAUGAAGACAACGAAAUGGUCCUGUUGUGCCAUUUACGAAUCGACCAUCACCACUUUGUUUGCAAAGUCAUCAUCUCUGGAGCCUUGAGCAAACCCAGAGGGAUUGCACUGGACCCGGGACAAAACUUAGCUUUCAUUUCCGUAUGGGGCCGAAGUCCGGCUUCAAUCGAGAGCGUUUCCCUCAAUGGAGGUUCCCGGAAAUCCAUCAUUAAGUCCAAGAUCGUAUAUCCUUACGGAAUUAGUGUAGACUUGCCACGCCAGCGAAUCUAUUGGGUGGAUACCUAUAUGGAUUGCAUCGAGAGUGCCAACUACGACGGUUCCCAGCGUGAAACCCUUUGGCGAGGACAUCCUAUGCAAAAUCUCUACGCUGUGGCCAUUUUCGAAAAUAACGUGUUUGUCUCCAGUUGGAGAGACAAUUCGAUCAAAAGGAUCCACAAAUUUCACCCCAAAAAUCAAAACACGCUUGUUCAAGGACUUCGGCGACCCUUUUCAUUAAAGAUCAGCCAUAGGCAAAUCCAAUCGUACAAUAGAAGCUUGGCUUGCGACAUCCCCGAAAUUUGCCAACAUGUACGUCACUUUCAAAACUCUUCAGGCUUCCGUAGCUCGGUUUUUAUCAUCUCCACUCUGCUUUCUUUUCGUAGAUUUGUGUUCCGACUUCGGUGGAACCGCAUUACGAAUGUCUUUGCCAAGAUGGCUUUUCUCUCACUGGUGAUGGGAACCAUCGGCUUGGGAGAAUUUAAUCACAGUAAUGACGUGAUUAUACCGGUCACCGGAUUGAAAAAGCCAGGGCCCUUCGAUGUUUUAAUCCGAGAUAGACUGCUUUUUGUGACUGAUCAAGAGUCUGACGUCAUCUAUCAACAGAAAAUUGAUACCGGAGAACGCACCGUUUUUCUUGAUCCAGGUCAAGUUGGUGUGACAGCUUUGGCUGUGGAUUGGAUUGGUGGGAAUGUGUAUUGGUCGAGCUCCCGGACCAAAGCUCUUUUUGCCACUCAGAUCUCGGACGCUCAGCACACGAGAAAAUUGGCCAAUUUCCCCAAUAAUGGUCUUGCCGAUUCCAUUGCACUAUAUCCCAAGUUGGGCCUCAUAUUCUGGAGCACCACACCUGUAUCUUUGAUAGAUAUCGACGACAAUCCGGGAUUCAUUUACUCCGCAUGGAUGGAUGGCACUCAUAUUGAGGUGCUACCAGCCAAAGGCAUCAAAUGGCCAGGUGAUCUGACCAUUGAUUUUAUAAAUAACCGCUUGUUUUGGACCGACCUCUCACUAAGAAGGAUAUCAAGCGUCGAUUUGAAUGAUUUGAGUUCUCCAAUUCAACAUCACGGGUCUGCCAAGACGAUAAAUGGCCUCCAAGGUCUUGCUGUGUUGGACGAUGACUUGAUGUGGUCCGAAAUCGACCAAGGUGUUGUGACGAGGUGGAAUCGAACUCGAAAAUCCAUCUCUGGUCAACUCAAAUUGAGGCUGCAGGUUUUUGGUCUCAAAUUAUACGAUCCCAGAAAUCAACCCAGUGCGAGUAAAGAAACCACCCCGGAUAGCGGAUGUGACGCUUGCUCUGAAUUAUGUCUGAUCACUCCCAAUGAUGGACGAGGUUGCUAUUGCUCUAGUCAUUCUUCAAGUUCAGAUUGCAUCAAGAACGAAGACCAAAUGACUGCGUCGUCAGACUCAUUUUGUGGCGAGAAUGGAUUUCAAUGUGCAGACGGACGUUGCGUGGACAUCGCUCUUUUAUGCAAUGGGAACCCAGAUUGCGCCACCGGAGAAGAUGAAGACCCCAAAGUGACUUGUGCCAAUGUCACGUGCGCUAUCAACCAAUUCCAUUGCGAUCGGACGAAAUGCAUAGCACACGAUCAAGUGUGUGAUGAAAAGUUCGACUGCCGCGACGAAUCUGACGAGGACUCGCUAAACUGCCUCGCAGCCAAUAGGUGCGACACUGAGUUUUACUUCCAAUGUCAAGUUUCGGGAUCAUGCAUUGAAAAGUCCUUUGUCUGCGAUCUGGAGCUGGAUUGUGGCCCUGGCGAUCGAUCUGACGAACCCGAUGAUUGUCCCCGACCUACUUGUGAUCUCACUGAAUUCUCUUGCCAUUCCUUGCGGAAGUGCAUUCCGCUGGAUUACCUCUGCGAUGGCGAAGAUGAUUGUCUUGAUGGCAGCGAUGAGCGGGAAUGUGAGCAUUUCUGUCAAGAUACCAAGCAGUUCUAUUGCGAUGUGGAUCAGAAGUGCUUAGGGUUGACGGCCGUGUGCAAUGGGAAGAAAGAUUGCAGCGACGGCUCCGAUGAAGCCAACUGCAAGGGCAUUCACAAAAAUCGCCCUUGCCCCAAAGACAAGUUCCUGUGUGGGAGUGGCGAGUGCAUCCCCAAAGUGUUUGUGUGUGACGGAGCUUCGGAUGUGAGAGGGUUGACGGCCGUGUGCAAUGGGAAGAAAGAUUGCAGCGACGGCUCCGAUGAAGCCAGCUGCAAGGGCAUUCACAAAAAUCGCCCUUGCCCCAAAGACAAGUUCCUGUGUGGGAGUGGCGAGUGCAUCCCCAAAGUGUUUGUGUGCGACGGAGCUUCGGAUUGUGAGAACGGUGACGACGAAUUGCCAGAGCAGUGUACAGAUUUCGAGCUCACUUGCAGCCCAACCCUGGAGCGAGCUUGUGCCUCCAAAACGAAAUGCUUGCCUUUGUCUUAUUGGUGCGAUGGGGAUGUGGAUUGUCCCGAUGGUUCAGACGAGGCUCAUUGCUUGACCACUCACAAGGAGAUUUGUGAUUUCCCGGCAUUCUCCUGUCAAGAUCGCGUUCACGGCCACAACGUGAGCGUCUGUUUGGAUGUGACUCGAUUGUGUGAUGGAAAGAUUGAUUGCUUGGAUGGAACGGACGAAGGGCUAUUCUGUUCUGAACAGUUGUGCUCCCAACGUGGUCACUUGUGCUCGGAUUUGUGCCAGAACUCUCCCGAUGGUCUUCGAUGUCACUGCCCCGAGGGUCUUCACCUGUCGACCCAAAACCGCACUCAAUGCACAGAUGAGCAUCCGUGUGAUGAAUGGGGUACGUGUUCCCAAGGGUGCUUGGCCAUAUCAUCUCGGAGACACAAGUGCUUUUGCCGAGAUGGUUAUGCGUUGGAAAGUGACGGAUUCUCUUGCAAAUCCAAGGAUCCCAGUGUGCCUAUGAUCAUUUUCAGCUCGAGAUCUGAGAUCCGAGGCAUCAGUUUGAGAACGGGCAUAAGUCGGCCUUUGGUGACCAGUUUAAAGAACACCAUCUCGUUGGAUUUCCAUUUCGAAGGUGAUCAACGGUUUGUGUUUUGGGCGGAUGUUUCGGAAAACAGGAUCUACCGCGGUACGAUCAUCGGGAAUUCGCUGUCGAAUGUUCAGACAAUCGUCGAGAAUGGUCUCACUCGCAUUGAGGGCAUGGCUGUAGAUUGGGUUGGACAGAAUUUGUAUUGGAUUGAGAGCCACAUGGAUCAAAUUGAAGUGGCCAAACUGAAUGGAUCCUACCGAAGAACGUUGAUUUCGGGCGGAAUUGAGUCCCCGAGGUCGCUGGUCUUGGACCCAAUAGAAGCGCUAUUAUUCUGGGCUGAUUGGGACAGUCGCGCCCCUCGAAUUGAAUCAUGCAGUAUGUCCGGCGAUCAAACCACACGCAAGGUCGUAUUUGCCGUAAAUUUUGGCGGCACCGGAGCUUUGCCCAACGACUUGACAUUGGACCGUGAAAUGAGACGAAUUUAUUGGGUUGACGCUUCAUCGGAUUCCAUCCAUACUAUUACUUACGAGGGAAAAGAUCAUCAUCUUAUUCUUCAUGGCCAAGCCUAUCUUUCACACCCGUUCGCCAUCAGCUUGUACGAGUCUUACGUGUAUUGGACGGACUGGCGAGCGGAAGCGGUCAUUCGCGCCAACAAGUGGAACGGGUCGGACGUACGAGUCAUCGAAAGAGUUGUUGGCAAGCCCUAUGACCUUCAUGUGAUGCAUCCUUCGCGCCAUUCCUCGACCAACGUGGACUUGAGUCUUUUGCAUUGUCAAAACACGAACGGAAAAUGCUCUCACUUGUGCCUGUUGGAAAAAGAGCGGGGCUUCGUUUGUGCCUGCCCUCAUCUGAUGACCUUAUCGAAGGUCGAUAACCGAACAUGUGUGGACAACGAGCGUGUAUUCGUUAUUGCCCGAACUAAUGACAUCAUCGGGAUUGAUCUCGACCAUUUCGAACGCCACGCCAUUCCACCCAUUCCAUUGUCCAGUGUGGCCCUACCAAACAACCUGCAGUAUCAUGCCAAAUCCAAUCUAAUUCUAUGGCUUAACUCCAACGGCAAUGAGUCCGAAUUGAAAUCUGCCACUUUGAACGGCACUUGGACCAAGACAAUCCUCGACCGCGCUCUCAUUCGGACGCAUGCCUUCAGUUGCGAUUGGAACACGGGAAACAUCGUGUUUGCCUCCCAAUUGGCUUUGCCCAAGAAAAAUCGUACGUCCGAAUUUAAUGACGAAAUCAUGAGCAACAUCUUUGUGGCCAACGCGAACGGAGAAUUCCUGAGCGUGCUGAUCCACGAAAACCCGGGAUCGAUUCGUGGGAUUGUCACGAUUCCAAAAUUGGGGGUCAUGUUUUGGAACGAUGACAACGGCGUGAAAGAGAGUUUGAAGACGAGUAAAAUGGACGGAAGUGAAGUGGAAGAGUUACGCAGCUUCAUCAAAGACGACCUGGACGACCUGGGUGAAAGUGGUGCCGAUGAUGGGAGCGGUGGUCAAUCCUUGCUCAUCUCGAAUCUAUGCUAUAAUGAGCGCCGGCACACGCUCUUCUGGAUCAACGCCAAGGAAAGCACCAUCUACCAAUAUAGAAUUAAGGUGGAAAAAAUCGACGCCAUUUAUUCCGCGCCCGGCUCCAAAUUGACGGCAUUAGCCGUGUUUGAGAACUUCUUGUACUUCGCCAAUUCCUCAAUGCCCGGUCAUCAUAGCUUAGUGCGAAUCGACUUGAAUGCCAGCAACAAUUUCCAAGUCAUGUUGAACACCUCACAACAGUUCCGGUCUCUCAUGAUCUACAAUCCGGACUCUCAAGCGGGUUUGAACGGUUGCUCGAAAGAUAACGGAGGCUGCCAACAAUUGUGUUUGGCCAAAGGAACUAGUUCUGUGGUGUGUGGUUGCGCCUUAGGAUAUGAGCUGUUCAAUAAGACCAAUUGCUUGGCCACCCCCUCAAAUCUACUCAUUCAUACGUCGCGAGACGGCCUCUCCGGCAAGACCAUUUAUUCCCAGCCUCAUGACGGCUUACUCUUCCUUCCACCAUUACCCAAAACCAUCUAUCCGACGAGUGUUGCCGCCUUGCCUGGCCACGAAACCAUCUUCUGGAUCGACAACACGGAGGGGGCUAUCUAUUCCAUGGCCAGAAAUGGAAACAACUUGACCCGAGUCCUGAGACAGCUCCACUCACCGCGACAAUUAGCCAUCGAUCCUGUCGCUAGCCACAUUUACUGGACUGACGACAAGCUGAACGUGAUCGAAUUAUGCGAUUUCAAAGGCUCCAAGCGCUAUGUCGUGAUUUCUGAAGGCUUGGAUGAAGUCUACGCCAUCGCGUUAGACCCCUCGGCCGGCUACAUGUUUUGGACGGAACUUGGGCCCCAACCAACAAUUCGAAGAGCAGGCCUAGAUGGGUCCAAUCGGAGGGUGAUCGUGCAGAUGGAUCUGAAGAGACCCACCGGGCUGACUUUAAGUCCCAAACAUGAGCGAUUGUUCUGGUGCGACCCCGAAUUGGGUGUCCUCGUCUCGGUGCGUUAUGAUGGCACCAUUCGAAAUUCUAUCCUUCAUAGACUGAGUCGGUUCCUUGAAUCGCCCGUCAGUUUAGUAUUCCAUGAUGACCAUCUCCUCUGGCUGGAUUCGAAUUUCAAGGGUGGAAGCAUCUCCAAGAUCAGGGUCGAUACGGAUCAUGACGAGGUUGAUCGGCUCUAUGAUCAAUUGGGCGAUUCUCUUUACCUCCACGACAUUGCCAUCUAUUGUCCCAAUUGUGAGGUGGGGCGAAACCCAUGCCAACUAAACAACGGCGGUUGUGAGGAUAUUUGUCUCUACAACGGCGACAACGUCAAGUGUGCGUGCCAAUACGGAAAGGUGUCUUCCAAUAAUCGCACCUGUGAAGAUUAUCAGGAUUUCUUGCUAUUUUCGAAAGUGUCAAGUAUUCAGAGUGUGCACAUUCACAACACCAAGGACAAAAAUCCACCAUUGGCCCCGAUCAGUGGGAGUGAGAUCAUGAACAACGUCAUUGGUUUGGCGAGUGAUCCCCCUAAUAAACGCAUCUUCUACUCGGACAUGAAACGAGGCUCGAUCAACACGGUGAAAUUCGACGGGUCUGAUCAUCGAGUUCUCAUUGCAGACCAAGGGUCGGUAGAAGGGUUGGCUUUCGAUGAGCAUCGAGGGAUCCUGUUCUGGACCUCAAAGUCGGAUAACUCGAUUAAUCAGGCGAGAAUCGAUCUCGAUCUAGAACAACAACGCCCUCGGCGCAUCGUCAUGCUCGGGUCACUCGAUCGACCCCGAGGGAUUGAUGUGGAUCGGUGUCAAGAGCAAAUCUACUUCACCAAUUGGAACCCUGAACGCCCCGUGAUCCAGCGGGUAUGGCGAUCUGGCUUUGGAUUGGAGACCAUCAUUUCCACCCAAAUUCAAAUGCCCAACGCAGUAGUGGUCGACUCGGAGGCACGCAAGUUCUAUUGGGCCGAUGCUCGUCUCGACAAACUAGAGAAAGUAGAUAUCGGGUCUCUACACAGAGUGACCUUAACCCAUUCCAAGCCCAGUCAUCCGUUUUCAUUAGCCGUUCAAGGGGAAUAUCUGUUCUUUAGCGACUGGCAGCUUCAUGCCGUGGCCAGAGUGAAUAAACACACUGGAGAGGAUCUGACCCUGUUGAAGAAGAACAUUCCUCGCCCGAUGGCGCUCUCGGCAGUCGGAACCAAUUCGUCAGCCUUGGUGUGCCAAUCUGAUGGUUGCAUGGUCUUGAAUGGCGGUUGCGAGGAUUUAUGCACUCUCGAUGAUCAACGAGAGGUGUCCUGUGCCUGUUUUCCUCACCGAUAUCCCAUUGAUCCUGAGCGGAAGCGAUGCGCCUCGCAAAAGCAGCAUUGUGAUGAUCUCGACGCGUUUCGAUGCGCUCAAGGUGCUUUGGAUGGGUCGCCCAUCUGCAUUCCUUACAACUUGACGUGUGAUGGUGUCAAUCAUUGUUUGAGUGGCUCGGAUGAGGACCUGAGGUAUUGCGCCAUUCGCCAGUGUCGCUCUAAUUACUUCCAAUGUGCUAAUAAUCGGUGUAUCUCGAAGACCAAGCACUGUGAUCAAAAGAACGACUGCGGAGACUUCUCCGAUGAAUUGGGCUGUCCCUGUCCCCACUCGGACAUGUUCAAGUGCUCUUCUGGGCAUUGCAUUUCCAAUACAAAACGCUGCGACGGCACGCCUUAUUGCCAGGAUGCCUCGGAUGAAAAGAACUGUUCCAAAGUGGAUUGCUCGAUCGUGCACCUGAAUGCCGAAACGCAGAUUCCCGUGUCCGAUCAGACCCGAUUGGCGCAAUGCAAUCAGACGACGGCCUGCAUUCUGCCCGAAUGGAUUUGUGACGGAACCAACGACUGCUGGGACAAUAGUGAUGAAGAGGAUUGCCAUAAUGAGCUGAGCAAGCAAUUGCCGAAGGUACUCGGUCCCCAAACUUGCCCCAAGAGCACGAUGUAGUGCCGCAAUGGGAAAUGUGUACCCUUGGGAUGGAUGUGUGAUAAAGAGAACGAUUGCCAUGACCAUCUUUCGGAAGGGGGAACCUCGUCGGAUGAGGAGAAUUGCUUGAAACGUCCCUGUGAUCUGCAUCACUACAAGUGCGGUAAUGGGGAAUGUAUUCCUCGCAGUUGGGUGUGCGAUCGAACCCCGGAUUGUAGUGACCUGUCCGACGAGGCCGAUUGCUCUCGGGAAGGCCAAGGUUGCCAUCCUGACCUGGAAUUCGAGUGCUCUCCGGGUAAUUGCAUCCCCAAGCUCUGGCUGUGCAACGAGAACGUGGAUUGUGAUCUUAGUGCUGGGGAUCAAAACGAUGAAGAUCCAGUCAUGUGUGAACAACAAUCAUCUUCCUUGGUUUGCCGUGACGACGAGUAUCGUUGCCUGAACAACCGAUGCAUAUCAAAUAGAUUCUAUUGCGAUCACGACAACGACUGUGGCGAUCAAUCCGAUGAGCCGCGUACCUGCGACUACAACUAUUGUCCCAAGAACUUCUUCCGCUGUCACGAUCAGAUGGGUUGUGCAUCUCAUGCUCAUCUUUGCAAUGGACAUGCCGACUGUAACGAUCGAUCCGAUGAAAACGUAACUGUGUGCCAAUCGUUGGAACACCACGUCAAUGUGUCGCUCCAAAGGAGCUCUUGCCACAUCAACAACGAAUUCGGAUGCGACAACGGAGCAUGCAUUUCCUGGGACUUGUUAUGCGAUGGACGGAACGAUUGCGGCGAUUAUUCGGACGAGACGAGCUGUAACGUGAACGAGUGCGAGAACCCCUAUACUUGUGAGCAUAUUUGCAACGAUAAACUCAUCGGUUAUGAAUGUCAGUGUAAUCCAGGCUUCAAAGUCCGCGACACUGACCCGAGUUUGUGCGAAGAUAUCGAUGAAUGUCAAGAGCUUCGUGCCUGCUCUCAAACUUGUCUGAACACACCUGGCUCGUUCAAGUGCGCGUGUAGGCCCGGAUAUGUUCCCUUUGACGACGGACUGAGGUGCAAGGCCAACAAUAGCGAGCCGGCCAAGCUCAUCUUCACGAAUCUCUACUACAUUCAAAUGAGCUCGCUCCAAGGAGAGAGCACCAUUCUCGUCAAGAACCAGAGCAACACCGUGGCCUUGGAUUUUGAUUGGAAGACCAAGUGUCUGUUUUGGUCCGAUGUCACGUCACUGGGAUCGAGUAUCCGGAAGUUUUGCAAUUGGGACGAGCCCAUCGCGAGCAAUACCACCCAAGAUCGGGUUCUGCCUCUGCUCACCCUCCGUAAUCCGGAUGGACUGGCCAUCGACUGGGUGGGACGCAACCUGUAUUGGUGCGAUAAAGGUAGCGACACCAUCGAAGUGGCUAAUCUGGAUGGCCAGCAUCGCAAGGUAUUGAUCGAUUCUGGCCUACGAGAUCCUCGAGGGAUGGCGGUUGAUCCUCACAGUGGACUUCUGUUUUGGUCAGAUUGGGGAUCAGAACCUCACAUUGGACGGGCGGGUAUGGAUGGGUCCAAUAUCCGGGUGAUUGUGUCGGACAACUUGGGCUGGCCUAACGCUGUCACCUUAGACUACACCACUAAGCGAUUGUACUUUGGCGAUGCCAAGAAGGAUUACAUCUCCGUAACUGAUUACGAGGGUCGAAACAUUCAAUUGAUCGUGUCCCACACGACGAAUCCUGGGGCUCGACUUCAUCAGAUUUUCGCACUCACCAUGUUUGAAGAUUACCUCUAUUGGACGGAUUGGGAGGCUAAAUCCGUCUUGCGAACCUCUAAAUUGGGGCAAAACCCAUUCAACCGAACUGUGACUAAAUUGAUUUCUCCACAUCACAAACCGAUGGAUGUUAAGAUCCUUCAUCCCUUGAGACAACCAGAUGUGGCUUAUAAUCCGUGUCUGAACAAUGGGGGCUGUGAGGCGCUAUGCUUGCUCUCGCCAGGUUUGAAUGGCAUUAAGAAUGUGUGUGCUUGUCCGGAGAACUUUGUCCUGGACGACAAUGGUCUCUCGUGUAAAUCCAAUUGUUCCUCGUCCAAAUUCGUUUGUGAAAACACCGUCAAAUGUAUCCCAUUCUGGUGGCGAUGUGACGGGCAAGACGAUUGCGGCGAUGGAUCGGACGAGCCACCUGAAUGUCCCAAGUUUGUGUGUCGUCCUGGCGAGUUCCAGUGCAACAACAACGUGUGCAUCCAUCCCACCAAAAUUUGUGAUUCGAGAGACGAUUGCGGCGAUGAAAGCGACGAGGUGGGCUGCAACGACUACGAAUGUCUCACGGAAUGGUUCAAAUGUUCUGGCAACGACACGACUCCUGGAUUUUGUUUGCCUCCGAGUCUUCAUUGCAACAAUGUGUCGGAUUGUCCCAAUGGAGAGGACGAACGGGAUUGCAUUCCGGCAGAAUGUCCCAGUAACCACUUCAAAUGCGGCAAUGGGAAGUGUAUGCCCAAUGUUUGGGUUUGCGAUGGAUCCAACGAUUGCGGAGACAACACUGAUGAGCCCGAGAACUGUCCCAAUCGGACUUGCCCUUCGUCCCACUUCAAGUGUCACUCAGGUCAAUGCAUCCCACAGAACUGGGUGUGUGACGGUGAGGCGGAUUGCGAUACCAAAGAGGAUGAAUCUGAGACUUGCCAGGAUCCGAAACAGCACUCAUGCGAGGCGUCUCAUUUCCAAUGCCAAAACUUUAAGUGCAUUCCCGGGCGAUGGGUUUGCGAUCAUGAUGACGAUUGUGGUGACAAUUCUGACGAAAUGGAUUGUUUGGAUAGGUAUCGAAACUGCUCCAUUGACGAGGUGUCGUGUUCCGACGGGAUGUGUAUCCACGUCUCCAAGCAUUGUGAUGGUCGAGUGGAUUGUCGAGACAAGUCCGACGAGCUGUUCUGUCACACGGAGUGCUCUGAAAACGAAUUCCAAUGCUCGAAGCCCCCGUUGUGCAUUGAGAACGCUUGGCGAUGUGAUGGUGAAAGUGAUUGCUCCGAUGGCUCAGACGAAGCCAAUUGUACUAAUCCAUGUCCUCGAGGAUCUGUGUCUUGUCACGACGAGGCCAACACUUGCAUUCGACAUGAGUGGCUUUGCGAUGGCAAAGAGGAUUGCACCAAUGGCUGGGACGAGGAUCAGGAUCGAUGUGAACAACAAGCUUGCCUGCCGAAUCGCUUUCGCUGCCACCAAAGUAGCAUUUGCAUCCUGAACAAUCUGGUUUGCAACUCCGAUAAUAAUUGUCCGGAUGGAUCAGAUGAGGCCGAUGAUUUGUGUCAAGUCCGACAACGGACCUGCGAAACGGGUCUGUUCCACUGUGCCAAUGAUCGAUGCAUCGACACCAAGUUCCAAUGUGAUGGCAUCAAUCACUGUGGCGACGAUUCAGACGAAACAGAGUGUUUAGCCACGCCUCCGUGUCAAUUUGGGGCUUGUGCUCAACAAUGCGACGUCAAAUUUAAGUCGGGCAAAGCCGGGGCUCGAAUCAAUAGUAAACGAAUUAAUGGAACGGCUUACUGCUCUUGUGAAGAGGGUUACCAGCUCACGUCCAGGAGUUCAUGCAAGGCCCUGGGGGAAAAUGCUACACUCUUGGUGGCCAAUGAGAACGUUAUCCGACAUGUGGACCCCUAUGCCUUAAGUCAAAUGGUGGAAAUCAGUCCCGAGAGAUCGGAGGGCUCGAGCAAAAUUCACUCCUUAGAAGUAUUCGUGGGAAAUGAGACCACUACCAUAUUCUGGUCCAGCCAUCGUGAACAAGCCAUUUAUCACCACACCAUGCGGCGUAGCAAGAACGCGAAACGUGAGGCCUUUGAUACCCAAGCAGUGGGCCCCUUGGUUCGGAACGUAACCAACCCUCGGGGGUUGUCCUUUGAUUGGCUGGGCAUGAAUCUGUACUUCAUCGAAAGUGAGUUCUCCAAUCGAAUCGGCCUCUUCAACAUUGAUCGACGUGCUCGAGCACGCUUUGAUUUGAUGUUUUCGGGUACAAUCAGCGAUCUAGUAGUGGAACCUCAUUCAGGGUUUCUAUUCGCAACCAUUCACGGUUCCAAUCCCAGGAUUGAGCAGAUCCAACUGGAUGGUUCUAAGAGGAAGACUUUGGUGUCUACCAACUUGAUGUGGCCUCAGGGUAUUGCCAUCGAUUACCCCAACCAAAGAUUGUAUUGGACGGAUUUAAAGAAGCGAUCUAUCGAAUCGACAGGAACAGAUGGCCGCCUCAGACGGACCAUCUAUAGCUUUCAUCCAAAGGAAGGAAAACCGAGCGGGAUCGACGUGUUCGAAGAUUACGUGUACUAUUCCACUUACAAGCAUAAUCGGGUUUUCAAGGUAAAAAAAUUCCAUCCAACUGAGCCCAUCAAGAUCGUCGAAGAAACCUUUCUUGUCAAAGAUAUCAUAAUCAUGCAACAGUUCAAAAUUGCCCCUCAUAUUCCGGUGAACCCUUGUGCGGGCGACCCCUGCUCAAAUGUAGAUUUCAGUGUUUGCACCAUUGGGCUCAACAGGACCAAGAACUGGUUGAAUCCUACUUGCGUGUGCACUGUUGGCUAUGCAAUGAUUAAUGGCGCAUGUAAACCACAAACAUCCCAUGCUGCAGCGCGUCCAGAUCCAUGCCAAGACCUCCACUGCCACAAUGGGCAAUGUGUCUCGCCCGAUGGAAUUCGAGCCGAAUGCAAGUGCACCGACCCACUUUAUACCGGACAAUUUUGCCAGCAUUACAUUUGUUCGGGUUAUUGUCAAAAUCAAGGCAUGUGCAUACCGAGUCAGCCUGAAGGGUCAAAUGUCACUGAAGGGGGCGGUCCCUUGUUAAAAUGCGCCUGCCCAGAAGGAUUUUCCGGUGAGCGAUGCCAAUUUGGACCCACCACGUGCUCUUGCCACAAUGGCGGUACUUGUGUCCUCGAUGAGCGGAAGCAGAUUCAGUGCCAAUGUGCACCCAAUUUUGCCGGUCAUCAGUGUCAGGAGUGUCUGGGUGUGGAGCCUUGUCUAAAUGGAGGCCUGUGUGUCCUCAAUUCUCGCGGGGCUCCAUCGUGCGAAUGUGUCAAGGGCUUCAGUGGUCCCAGAUGCGCGGACUCUAAGUCUGCAUGUCGACUGAAAUGUCUCAACGGUGGGAGCUGUGUGAUGAAUGCCUUUGGACAAGCCGAUUGUCGGUGUCUACCCCAAUUCUAUGGGAAGCGCUGUCAGAAGCUAACGUGCAACCAUUACUGUAUGAAUGGCGGUCAACCUCUUCAUUCGUCGGUGGACGGGAAAUGCAAAUGCGUCUGUAAGGCCGGCACCACCGGACCCAGGUGUGAACGGACCCAUUGUCGAAAGACCCUCUGCAAGAAUCAAGGCAAGUGUGUCCUCAUAGGCGAGAAAGAGAUCUGUCAAUGCCUUAACUCAUUUGCGGGCUUGAAUUGCGAGGCUCGAUCAUUACAUAAUCCUUGUCAUUUAGAGUUCAAGUGUGAAAAUCAUGGCAUUUGUCGCCAUUUCCCCACCACCAAUACCACCGAGUGUGUGUGUUCUAAAACUCAAGCGGGCACCUUUUGCGAAAAGCCGAAUCUUUGCCUAAACUAUUGUUGGAAUGGCGGUCAAUGUGUGUGGACGUCUGAGUCUAGCGUGCAUUGCCAAUGUCCCAGCGGCUUUGCCGGCUCAAGAUGCGAUAUUCGGCUCUCUCGUGAGGUCACUGCCAAGCCCCCUCACAUUGAUACCACGGAUUCGGAGGAGAUCCGCUCCUUCACCUCGACCAUACUACUCAUGCUAGGAAUACUGAUUCUGUGUGGUUUAGUGGCCUGCCUCAUGGUUGCCUUCCACAAACGACACCACCUUGGCAAUGCAUUCAAGCAUCGACGGAUGGCCGAGACACUCGUGGGCAAUAACGUCGAGUAUUCGAAUCAGAUGUUCCUUCCCAAUGAGGACGAGGACGAUGAUCUCAUAACAAUGAACGGAGCAAGGGGGGGGGCCAGAGGAAACGGCAUCGUCGGCGUCGGCAUCGGCGCCGGCGCCGCCGCCAGUGAGGGGACCUCCUUUCGCCUGGAGAGCCAUAAUCCCAAUAGCUUUGGCAAUCCGGUCUACGAAUCGCAGUACGAGAAUGAGGCUGAACGAGAGGGUCUUUUGAUGGAACAUCAAUCUCUCUGCGAUUCCAAUCAGUUUCUGCUUGAUGAUGCCUACACCGAAUCGGCACAGCACCAAGACGAAGAACAGCGGUGCGAUUUGCUAACAGAAAUGCACAAGGGAAAGAUCAGACUCUAGACCCUGACCCCGAUACUCCACUAUUUAUUAAUGAACUGAUUGUGAUAUAUGUUUGCCAAAAUGAUCAAUCUCAACCUCGAGAUCAGCAUUAUUCCAAAAUGAAAAACCCACAAAAUUUCUUCACCAAUGUCCUCCAACAGUCUGUGAUUUUACGUGUGUAUUUGUGCCAAAUUUCAUGUCAGUAUUUGUCAGGUGUGACAAAAGUUUCCAUUGCAUCAAGUGGCUACUUACCUACUCAUUUCAUUGUCAAGAGCUUACAGCUAGCUAGAAUCGAGCUCUAAAAGUAUUCCAACGGUCGAGCCACCACCGUGCAUAUUGUUCCACAAUAACAUUUUCUCCCGUGUACUCUGGGCAUUCAAUAUGAUUCUGUCCGUGCGACUGAAUUGAUAACAAUAAAACUCACUCGCUCUGCUUG